UCAGUGCAGCAGUGUAACGACCCGGACGGACAGAGAAACACCGCCCCUGUUGGUUGUCCGGGAGUAGAAAGGGAGCCGAAGUCACCGGGACGUCCUCUGAGAUGCAAAUACGCUGUUGAUGAGCGACAUCCGUGUACAGCCUAGGAACCCGAAGAUUUAUUUUUUUUAUUUAAAAUAACUUCGAUCAUAUCCAUCUUUAACCAUGGUUAAUAGGACUUUAAGUUCACGCUGUCAGAUUGGACUCGAAUUCUUUGAGUUUCUGAAGGAGACAAAUCGUGAAUCCGUCUCAGACAGACUUGAGCUGAGAGACAUUUACAACACACAGUUCAGGUCGAGGAUUCCAGGAACCAAAGACCCAAACUUCGGCUCAGUCCUCUAUGCCCUGAAGGCGUCCAAAAAAAUAACAAGACGAAGAGACACUAUUCGCUUCAACCCCACGGUUAGAGCUCUUUACGUGGACCAGUGGCAUUCACCCAGGGGCCGUCAGCCAGAGCCAGCCCAGAGUGGAGCUGCCAGUCCUGACGCAGCACAGGCCCUCACCUCCGGAGAUGACGCAGUGACUGGAGUUCGAGCCCGGAGGAAACUGGCUGGUCUUCUGAUGCAAAAACUGAAGAAAGACAGAACUCAGUUCAUCUCUGACAAAAAUGGAAUCCGCAUUGACUCCGACCAGCAGUUUGAGAACGGGAAACUUUCCUUGUUUGUGGAGGAGUAUGAGAGCAUUGUUAAUCUGAAAGUGGAGAACACUGGGACAGAACCUGUGUAUUUCACCUACUACACCCCGCUGCACUUCCUCAAGUACUUCCGUCUGCACGAUGAGUACAAAGUGACCAAGACAAACCCCCUGUGUCUAAAACCAGGUGCAAGCUAUGAAAUCCAGGUUACCUUCAGCUGCAGUUUGGUUGGUUUCUACCCAGCUACACUGGCCUUUGAAUUCAAACCAGACCUGGAGUCCUCCACUGCAUUCCACAUUGUGCGCUAUAUUGAGGCUCAGUAUAUAACUGCCUUAGGACGGGAGCUGGCACCCAUCGCGCCCUACAAGCCUCGCGCCCUCCCUGCCUGGACCCCUGAAGUGGAUUGGCAGAUUGUGGAUGGGCAGCGACCUGAAGGGCUGUCAGUGCUGCGGCUCAAAAAUGUGGUUGAACUAAAACAGUAUCGAAUACCAGCAUACAUGGACCAGCUCAUCAACUCACUGAAGCAAUCUGUUUUCUUCCACGAUCAAAGAAGGGCCUUGCUGGAAAGUCCCUUGAGCUGGGAGAACUACUCCGAGAAGUUUCAUCUGCUGCUGUAUCUGGAGGAGCAACAGAUGGAGGUGGACAUCAAGAGAUACAACAUCCCCAACGAUGACAGAGCGGAGGCCACCAUGACCAGAGACCGGGACAACAAGAAACUUCUUGUUCUGGAGGUCCCUGGUGUGUCAGAGAAUCGCCCCUCGGUGCUGCGAGGGGAUUCGUUGUUGGCCUUUCCAGUUGGUGAAAAAAAAAUUAAAUACCGUGGCUACGUCCACAGCGUGCAGCUCGACAGUGUCAAACUCGGCUUCAGCUCAGAAUUGCUUGAUCGUUUUGUGGAUGGCAUGAAGUUCAAUGUUGAGUUCACUGUCAACCGCCUGACUGUGCGUGUUCAGCACAGAGCAGCAGAGAUGGCAACUACACGCAGGCUGGGAGAGGUGUUGUUCCCUGCUGCAAACCUCAAUUCUCAGCAAACUGAGCUUCCCCAGCUCAGGCUGUUUGACUCAAAGCUGGAGAGAAACCCAGAGCAGUAUCGGGCUGUACAGCACAUCGUAGCUGGCUCAUCCAAACCUGCCCCCUACCUGGUGUUUGGCCCACCUGGAACAGGCAAAACUGUGACUGUGGUGGAGGCCAUCAAGCAGAUAGAGAAGAACCAGGCCUCCUGCCAUAUCCUUGCCUGCGCUCCCUCCAACAGCGCUGCUGAUCUGCUCUGCAAGAAGAUUCUGGAUCACGUGGAUGAGCGUAAAGUGUUUCGCAUGUACGCCACCAGCCGGGACCCAAAAUUAGUCCCUGAUGAAUUCAAAACAAGGAAAUGCUCUAACCUGGUAGGGGAGUGUUACGAGUUUCCUGCAAAAGAGAAGCUGAUGGAGUACAGGAUCAUAGUCACCACUCUGUUAUCCGCUGGAAGGUUGGUCACAGGAGACAUCCCUGAAGGUCAUUUCACUCACAUAUUUGUGGACGAGGCGGGACACGCCGUGGAGACCGAAUGUUUAGUCCCACUGGCAGGGCUGCUCUGCGCAGAGUCUGGUCAGGUGGUUCUGGCUGGAGACCCCAAACAGCUGGGACCCAUUCUCAGAUCCCCAUUUGCGAUCAAAUUCGGCAUGGGAGUGUCCCUCUUGGAGCGCAUGAUGAAUGAUUUCCCUCUGUACCAGAAGAAGGAGGACGGGUACAACAACUGCUUUGUCACCAAACUGCUGCACAACUACAGGUCUCAUCCUGCCAUCCUGAAGGUUCCCAACGAUCUCUUCUAUGACGGAGAGCUGCAGGUCUGUGCAGACGAAUAUCUACGCAACUCCUACUGCAGUUGGGAAUACCUCCCAAAGAAGAACUUCCCAGUGAUCUUCCAUGGUGUGACCGGCGUCGAUGAGCGUGAGGCCAGCAGUCCAUCUUUCUUCAACAUAGCAGAGGUGGAGGUGCUGAUGGACUAUGUGAAGAAACUUCUGUGCACACAAGGCAAGAAGGGCCUGGCUACCAUCUCACCCAGAGACAUAGGCAUCAUCGCCCCCUACAGAAAACAGGUGCAGAAAAUCCGUAGGGCCCUGGAAAAAGUUGGGAAAAACCUUCCAUUUAAGGACAUGAGCGGCCUUAAGGUUGGAUCUGUGGAGGAGUUCCAGGGUCAGGAGAGGAGGGUGAUCAUGGUGUCUACAGUUCGGAGCAGCCCCGACUACACAGAGAUAGAUAAACAGUUCAACCUCGGCUUUGUCAAGAAUGAGAAGAGAUUCAACGUGGCUGUGACUCGGCCUAAAGCCCUGCUGAUUGUGGUGGGAAACCCCAGAGUGCUGAGCAACGAUGAGACCUGGGCCCAGUUCAUCCAGUACUGUAAAGAUGAAGGAGGCUACACUGGUUUUACUCCAGCAGAGGACGACGAGGACAUGGUGAUGAGACUCUCUGCCCUCUACAUCAGCAUUGAGGCUAAAGUGGAGACUGCUGAGAGUGUCGUUCAGCAGAUCCUGGACCCCGAGUGGAGAAACGACAUGUAAGGGGAAAUGAAGAGCACAAACGUCCAUCCUGAGCACUUAGCUUAAUUCUGCUUCUAGUCUGGUUUAUUUCUUCAACGGAUGAUUGGAACAAAAGGUUUAUAGCAAGUCUUUUUCCCCCACAAUUUACUUAAAUUCUCCGUAAGGGGCUUAAUGGCACAAUCCCACAUCAAAGCUGCAAUAUAUUAGAAUUGACCACCUGCUGAAUUAAUUCUCCACACAAAUAGGGGGCAACUUACCAUCAGAGUGACCGCCAACUAACGCUCACUGUAGCUGUUACCUAGUUAGCUCAGUCAGCUAUGAGGAUAGCGGUCCUAUUCCCUGGAGUAUACACUGUGGGCUCACACGGCUAGCACAGAGGACUUGGACUGCUGGGGCUAACUAGUUAGCAUGCUAACUUUAGUAGCAGUUCUGAUAUUCUGUUGAUAUCAUUUCAGUUAAUUUUUGUAAGUUUUACUGUAAAACUUAAGCCCACAGGUGUUAUUCACCACACAAAAACAACAUGACUUGACCAAAGACAGCGAACGACAGGGAGCUGAUUCAUGUUUAGAGCAGCUUGUCUUCAUCUACCUCAGUGGAAUGCACCAACACCACUUUCAAACGUUCCUUUAAGAUUUUCCAGUUAAAAUCACAGCAAAUAAUUAUCAAUGUUGAAAAUGAAUUUUACCAACCAAAAAUAAGAUUCUCAGGUUUAUUUAAUUGACUGUGAUUGAUUUUGUUCGCUCAUCAUUGCUCUUUAAUAAUCAUUUAGUUUAAUGACUUUUUGGUUCAGUGAAGUAAAUAAAUAUACGGCAGGGAUUUUUUUGCAUGUAUGUAGUGUCCAAACUUUUUUAAAAUCACCACGAGGUUGUUAUUGAUCAAAUAAAAUGUUUAUGGUCUAUUUAAAACUGGUAUUUUCUGAAUUUAGAAAUCAAUGCUUUUUCAAAAACUUAAAGUGAAUUUCUCAAUUUUAAUUAUCACCCAAACCACGGCUGGAAAUAUUUUGGCUCAUUUGGAAUUUGUUGGUUUGAUUUCACUGAGCUUGGAAUUUUGUUAUUACAUGGCAAAAAACAAUAGUUUUUCUAGUCAUAGGAAAAUCAAUACAAUUCCUGCAUGAAACACUGAAGACAAAUUAAUACACGAUUGAAAGCUUUGGAAAUAAGUAAUAACAUGGGAUUUGUAUAAUUAAUAAAGUAAUUUUGCUGAUGGGAAAGUUUGAAAAAAGCAAUGUUAAUAUGAAUAAAUGUAUUUAAAAAAAAGCCUUUGCAAGACUGUUUGACUUUUGUGAAAAUCCUUGUGAAAGUUUGUAAAAGAUGAACCAGCUAAGAUGACAUAGUAUUUCAAAAAUACUUUAUUAACAUGUUUGUCUCGUCAAGACAUUCAACACAUCCCACUCCUGUUUGUAAAGCGUCAUCACAAUCAACAUUUUCUCUCGAACUAAGGUAUUUGACAUUACAGACACAGAGGCACUAUCCAGGAAUUAGCCCCAACCUGUGACAUUCUGAUGUGAAUGUACUGGUUAAAGGAAAAUAUCUCUAUUGGGUUAUGAUGGUGGUAGGAUCAAUGUUGGGACCAUUAAAUUCACUUGACCUGAUCUCUUAUGUAAUAUGUUCAGCAUCUCUCUGCUCUGCCUGGAGGAUGAUGAAUCUGUGAUGAGAGUACAUAUCUGGAAAAUGUUCCUAAAGUUUAAAUUGUGGUUGCAGCCACUGAUAAAAUUGGCUCUAAAGCUUUUCAUCACAAAUGUGUUGCAAUUUAUAUAUAUAUAUAAAAAAAAAAAAAUUGCAUUGUCACCGGACAUAUAUACUUUUUAUCAGUUAGCCCCAUCCCAAAGGUCAUCGAGGGCAACACUUCUAAUCUCAUCUCAACGAAUGUCUCUCGUGUAUAAUGUCAAAUAAAAGGCCUGUUGCACACCAACACAGUCCCAACUCCCAACAGUCAAGCCAGCUGCCAAUCAGGUGGCAUUAGUAAUGACAUCUGAGCUGUCAAUAAAGUUGUCAGUUGAAGAUUUUAUUUAAUAAAUCUCAUACACAGAAUGGAUCUUUGUAGACCUGUCUGAAUAUCAAGAUGGCUGUAUAAAGUGUGCAUCAUUAUCCAACCUGUAUAUUACAGUGUGCACUUCAGAAAAACCAGUGAGACGUAAAGACUGUAUACUGGAUCUGAAUCGACAGUACAGAGGUCAGACAGGAGGUUUGUUUGGGGGAGGGAGGAGUUGGUGACGUCUUGGUAGAGGCAAGUCUGUCAGACCAGUGUGAGCGUGACUGAGGGCAUUGUGUCUGACAAUAGACCACUGUCUCCAGUGCCAGUUUAAGCUAUCACCACAGAA